AUGCAAUGGUGGGUCAAGUGUCGUGAAGGCUAUUUCGGUAUUGGUCUGCUUGCCAAUUUAAACUGGUGUAUCUCCUCCACAUUGGUUGGGUACUGCUACGAUACCUUGAGUAUGCUUCAACAAUCAAUCUCUCAGGCACAUUGGGUUGCUUGUUCAGCCGUAUUUUCCAAUAACUAUAUAAAAGGUGCAGCCCCACUACGUCCAUGUAAGGAAUUUUGUGGAAAAUCUAUCAACCAGACUGAAGAAGAUCGAAACCAUUGUCUUGGCAUGGAUCUUUGCAUGAGAUCAGGAAAAUUCAAACCAUGGGGAUUUGCAGUAAGCAUGCCGCGUUGUGAGGUGUAUGUACGAAAUGUGCUUUUUCAAAUGCAAAGGGUUAUGGCCUCCUACGCCGUCACUGAAGAUGCUUACUUCGACCCGCCUAUGCUUACCUUGUACAUUCGACAGAAACUUGGAGGAAGAUACAAAGCUAUUGUUCACAAGUACAUGUAUGACCUUUUGGAAACAUUGAGACAACAAGAAGGAAUCUGGGGAUCACUUCGGUUAGGAUUCGAUAAACACACUUUUCGCCUUGGACUAGCUGGCGGUCCAAGGGCUUUCAUGGACCUUAACAAGGCCAAAUCAACACUGAGAAUUUUUCUGGGCCUUCUUUUGGAACAAAAAGCAACGCUGAAUCAGUUCGAUGGCAUUGGAUGCGCUGCAACAAAGACCAACAUUGCAUGUACUUUCGGAAGAUCUCAGGAGCUUCAAGCAGCAGAGCUGAGAAGAGACUGCGCGAAAUUCAACAAGAGACUCACUUGCAUAGGCCGGGUAGGAAGACUUUGUUUGCAACGAUCACUGAUGAAGGAUGUGGGUUAG